AUGAAACCACUCACUGUGAGAGUCACUGGGCUGUUGAUGAUUGUCGACAGCGUGUUCGCUCAAAAUAUCGACUAUGCGCAAUUCGUGAAUCCAUUUAUCGGCUCGGAAGGCGCCAUUCCAGGAUAUGCAUAUGGCGGAGGCGACGUCUUCGUUGGCGGUGCAGUGCCCUUCGGCAUGGUUAAGCUCGGGCUCGAUACAUACGAAGAACCCGUCAACCAAAGCGCAUUAAACGGUGGAUGGACACCACAGGGCCAUGUCACAGGGAUGAGUUUGAUGCAUGUGUCUGGGACAGGAGGAGGUUCAAAGUAUGGAUUUCCGGCGCAGAUGCCACUGACCCAGAUUGAUGGAGACGUGAAUUUGCUGGACAAUCGAACGUAUUGGCAAACGCGAGUUGGCGACGACACAGCGAGCGUGGGAUACUUCCGGACGCAAUUUGAAUCUGGUGUCAUAGCUGAUUUGGCGGCUUCGCGACACGCCGGACUUUACCAUUACACCUAUCCGGAGUCGGCUGAAAAACAUGUUCUCGUGGACUUCUCGCACUACCUUCCGCAUCCAACGCGAUCUUGGGACUCGCAGUUCUAUACCGGAGGCGAGAUAGAGAUUCCGCCCAACUCUUCCGUCUACACAGGAUACACCUCCAUUGCAGGUGGCUGGAAUCUUGGUGCUCCGGUCACCGUGUAUGUGUGUGGUGAGUUCGAUAGUUUGCCGGACCAAGCGAAGGCAUUCAAGGGUAGAAACACGUUUCCAGUCAGUCGUCACUUCCGUACUUGCGACAAUUGCACGACACCGCGGCCGACAUACACAGGAUCGACGGCGCGUUCUGGGCCGAUGAACGAUCGCGUAGGCGCCGUAUUUUCCUGGACCAAUACUACAGAGGUAAAGUCUCGUGUGGGAAUAUCUUUCAUGUCUGUCGACAAAGCAUGCGCGUACAAGAACUCCGAGUUGUCCUGGUCCAUCGAAAUCACGGCGGAGGCAGCACGCGAUGAAUGGAAUCGCGAUGUUUUCUCCAAAAUCCGUGUCGACACAUCCAAAUCUGCCAACCAAACGCGGCUUGCGCUUCUAUAUUCCAGCCUGUACUUCAUGCACCUUAUCCCCAGCGAACGGGUUGGCGAGAAUCCGCUCUGGGAUUCCGAUGAGCCGUAUUGGGACGAUUUCUACACAAUGUGGGAUCUGUUCCGGAACCAAGUGUCGUUAUGGCAUCUUAUACAACCGAGCUACUACCAGUCAAUGAUCCGAUCAUUGAUAGAUAUGUUCAAACAUGAAGGAUAUUUACCAGACGGGAGGUCUGGGAAUUACAACGGCCUAGUCCAAGGUGGAUCGAAUGCAGAUAAUGUGCUUGCUGAUGCGUAUGUGAAAGGACUAAGCGAAUCCAUCAACUGGACAGAAGGCUAUGCUGCUGUGAAAAAAGAUGCCGAUGUCGUGCCAUUCUUCGACCAGAACCCUGUCGAUCCUCAAGGCUCGUUAAAAGAAGGACGCUCAGCACUGAAUGAUUGGAUCCCGCUUGGUUAUGUCUCAGCAGACAGAAAUACGCGGGCUGUAUCGAAAACAGUGGAAUACUCGCUCAACGACUUUGCUGUUAGCCAAAUUGCUGCUGGAGAAGCCCCUGACCAGCGCGAUCUGUACCUCCGCCGAUCUGCAGGCUGGCAGCUCAGCUGGGAUACUGAGGCCACGAGCCGCAACUUUACUGGAUUUGUCAUGCCUCGAUAUGCCAACGGUACGUUCCACAAGACGUAUAACAUCACCAAUUGCGGGGAAUGCAAUUGGAGUGACGAGAGCUACGAGGGUACUGCGUUCGAGUACUCUUUCGUCAUCCCGCAUGAUGUUGCUCGUAUUAUCGACCUGAUGGGCGGUCCCGCUCUUUUCGAAUCGCGCCUUGACUACGUAUUUCAGCCCAACACAUCGGGUGUCGACCUUGGAGUGAACGGACUAGGUAUAACAACAAUCAACAACGUCGCCAACGAGCCCGACUUCCAGACACCAUAUCUGUAUAACUACCUCAACAAGCAAUGGAAGAGUGUGGAGCGUAGCCGUCAGCUUGCAAAUGACUUCUACUUCAACAGCAGCAACGGGAUUCCAGGCAACUCUGAUGCAGGCGCGUUGAACUGCUGGCUGGUGUGGCAGAUGCUAGGUCUCUAUCCGGUUGUUACAACACCUGUGUAUCUACUAGAGUCGCCGUGGUUUGCGGAUAUCAACAUCACGGUCAACUACGACAAAACGUUGAGAAUCAGAACGGAGGGUUUGGACGAUGGAGAUGGACGACAAGGAUACUACGUUCAAAGUGUGAACAUCAACAAUCAGGAGUGGAACAAGAACUGGGUUGAGCACGGGGAUGCCGGAGGUAUCAUGACAGAAGGUGGUGAAAUCUUGUUCCGGUUGGGCGCUGAGCAGAAGGUUUGGGAGACGGGUGAUAUGCCUCCAAGCCCAGGUCAUUUGGAUCUUGAUUUGGCACAAGGAUAA